AAAGUUUACCCGUGUCCCUGAUACAGCUAUUUUCGAUUAUUUUCGCAAUGAUCUCCGCGGCGUUGCCUUUCUCCAAGAAGAACGAUUUCUCCAACUAACCUUUCAUGAUGAAGUGUCCUUUCAAAAACAUCUCUCCAGCUCUCCUAUUACUCUGAAUGACAAAACUGUUCACCUCUCCCCACCAAGAGAUUUCCCUAGACGUACUUUAGUUAUCCAUCUUCAUGGACUUCCUAUUCUUGAAAAAGAAACUAUUCGUACCUCUAUUGCUGAAACCCUUUCCAAAUAUUGCAAUGUUAAACAGAUUGCACCCGUUGUCAUCACCAACACAAAUAUUCUCACUACCAAAUGGGAUGCUAUUGUUGAGCCUAUUACUAACAAAAAUAUUCCUGUACAUCUUCAAAUUUUAGGCUGCUCUAUUGCUCUUACCUGGGCUAACUCUGGUCAAAUUUGUCUUCGUUGUCACCAUACCAAUCAUACUCAUCGUAACUGCCCUACAAAACCUAUUAACAUUAGACCAAUUCCUACUCGUACCUUUGCACAAGCUGUUCAAUCAUCUCCACAAAAAGAUGUCAACAUUAAUGUUAACAAAGAUCCUGAUACACAUCCUACUAAUCCAAUUCAAACCACUCAUAUAUCCUCUAACCCAUCUCAUACUAAUACAUCUGAUACUAACACUACUUCUACACCAAUGAAAAACCCAUCUGGCUCCAAUCUUGUCAUUAUUGAUGAAACUGAAUCUAUU